UCACUGUCUUUGUCGCUCCCUUGGACGGUCUUUAGUUGGAUCGCGCGCGCGGCACGUGCCUCGAAGGUGAGAGAACGCGCGAGAGGUAGGAGAGCUGUGACCCGGGACAUUCGCACGAGGACACGAGACACGAGAUUGACGUGAGCGCGGCGGCAUCGACAUGCCCAUAUCCUUGCAACAGCUUGUCUAUCAGUACGAGGGAGAUAAGACGGCGACGGUAGCCGAGCCAGCCCUCGAGUCCGGCAUCCUCCAGAACUUGGACCACAAGUUCAUGCAGCAGCGCCAGGAGCGCGAGGAGACGAUGUCCGGCCUGGCCUUGGAGCGCGAUCACGCGGCCCAGCAACGCGAGAACAAGAUGCAGCUGCAACAGCACGAGCGGGACCAGCAUAUUCAGCAGCUGCAGUCGAUCAACAGCUUACUCCUCGAUCUCCCGACGCCGUCGUCCCCCAAUUCCUACAGCAGCUCCAAAUUCUCCCACGACGUCACCUCGCCCACUACCAAAGAUGGCCCCGCGAGCCUCGAAGACAUGUCAAUUUCUGAUCUUUUUGGACUUGGAUUACCACGUGGAUCAUUGAUGGGUGCAGGACAAAAGGAACAAGAAGGUCAAACUAAUUGUGAUAGUCCCGCAUAUCGAUACUAUCAUCAGCAACGGGACAAUUCGGCUGGAUUCUAUUCAAAACCAUCAACUAUCGAGCAGCACAAUAAUUCAAGUGGAUACUAUUCAAACACAUCUAAAGGGGAUGUACCAAGCUCACCGAUUUCAUUUCAUACGCCAGCAAGUCCCAGUACUCCAGGGAGUCUGUAUUCAAAUUCCUAUUCUUAUUCAAGUGUAAACAGCAGCCCUUACACCUCGGCUUCUUCAGUAUCAAACGAUUAUAAUAAACAAAGUCCUUCAUCUCCAAUUCGUUAUCCAUGUUACGGACGACCUAUUCGAGGUUCUACACCGUAUAGUGAUUGCAGUAGUCCAUCGGUAGAAUUCUCUCCGCAUCCUUAUAAUUGCACUGGCUCGAGAUCUAAUUCGCCUGCAGAUUCUGAAAAUAGUGUUAACAGCAUCGAAAGUCCCUUAUCUGACAUUAUGAGUUACUUGUCGCUGAAUUCAGGUCAACAUCGCUGCUAUCCUACCGAUCAAAAUUCAUUAUUAGAAGCAGAAAAAUACUUUCAGUAUGGCAGAGCUACCUUAGAGCUUCUAAAACGCAAAAAGUACUUGAAUAAUUCACAUCUACAGCAACAGCAGCAACCACAAACGCCGAUGCAUCACUAUCAUCAUCAUCAUACUCAUGGACACACAAGAAAUCAUCAUAAUCAGCAGCAUAAUAGUCCUUACAUAAAUCCUGUUUUUGGUUCAGAGAAAAGUUGCUGCUUGGGAAACAACAGAAAUGUUUCAAUUAUUUCAUUACCUAAUACCGCCCCACCGUCCCACUUGUCAUUAGAUAAAGCUGCCCGAUACCAUCGCAAUGCCGCAGCUGCUUCAGAUGCCAAUUAUACUUGGAGCGGUACCUUGCCGCAAAGAACUCAAAAACCGGUUGGGUAUUCGUCAAAAGUAUUUCUAGGUGGUGUGCCAUGGGAUAUUACAGAGUCUAUUUUGAUAUCCACAUUUAAGCAAUUUGGCCAAAUUCGAAUAGAAUGGCCUGGGAAAGAUCAAACUACUAGUCAGCCAAAAGGAUACGUAUAUAUCAUAUUCGAGUCCGAGAAACAGGUGAAAUCGCUUCUUACUUGUUGCACCCAUGACUUUUCUAACGGAGGUAGCUAUUAUUAUAAAAUUUCAUCAAAAAGAAUGAAGGGCAAGCAAGUACAAGUAAUCCCUUGGGCUUUAAACGAUAGCAAUUAUGUGAAAUCCUCAUCUCAAAAGUUAGAUCCUGAAAAAACUGUUUUUGUUGGAGCACUACAUGGAAUGAUGACCGCUCCCGGAUUGGCACAAGUGAUGAAUGAUUUAUUUGAUAAUGUGAUUUAUGCUGGAAUUGAUACUGACAAACAUAAGUAUCCGAUUGGAUCGGCACGAGUUACUUUUAGUAACAAAUACUCCUUUCACAAGGCUGUUAAUGCAGCUUUUAUUGAAAUAAAGACUACUAGGUUCACGAAGAAGGUACAAGUCGACCCGUACAUUGAAGAUGCACCUUGCUCAAGUUGUUACGUCCAACAAGGACCAUAUUUUUGUCGAGAAUCGAGUUGUUUCAAGUAUUACUGUCACACCUGCUGGCAAUGGGUGCAUAAUAAUGAUUCCAUAAGUUGGCACAAACCCAUGUCGCGCGGUCUGAAAACCAAUCAGGUAAUAGGUCUAACUCCAAGUGUUGGAGCUGGUCGCUCGACAAAUCUGAUAUAAUUUCCUAAGUGGUUGUUCUGCUGACAUCGUUUAGCCAGUGCUCCUCCUACCAAUCGACGGACAUACGUCUUCUUUUCUUUGACCACAGUCGACGGAGGAGCACGAACUGGACGUUUAUUAGUAAAAAAAAAAACAAAACAAAACAAAACAAAA